AGACGCUUUCUCAAAAAAACAAAACAAAACAAAACAAAAGCAUUCGCUGCAUUCAGAGCAUCAGGUUUCUAUCCCAGUCCUGGCACUGCUACCUGGUGAUGUUGGGGGAGCUGCUUCAUCCCUCUGGGCUCAGUUGGCCCAGAUAAUAGAUGCUAAUAACAACGCCUAUCGUGAGAUUCAGUGACAGAUUAAGCAAAAAGCGCUUCGAAUCAGAUACAUAGUCAGCGCCCAGUGCACUGCAGGUAUUACUGAUAUUUCUUCUUUUUCUUCUCGGGGUGGGACGCGCCUGCACGUUGACACACUGUUCCCCAGCCUGCUCCUCAGAGUUGCAGGUUUAGAUAUUGUCAGUGCACUGAGGCAUUCCUUUCUGGCAAAGUCUAUCGGGAAGUCCAGUUACCAGUAAACGGUUGCUUGAUGAACAUGGAAGUGGAGCUGGGGCUUGGGAGGGUGAGUAGCAGGAGCCUCACACGGCCUGGUGUGGUGGGGCCUCGGGCUCCUCUUUCUGUUAGGCCUGGCCCAGCGCUUCCAGUGUCUGGUCUGGUGGAGGAGCUGUUUUCUGCAUGAUGAAAGGGAGGCUGAUCCAGGUACAACCUCUGCUGCCUCUCGCAUCCACUGAAGCUGAGCUGGCUGCUCUGAGGGGCCAGAGUGGCCCCUCCCUCCAGUGCCUCUUUGGGUGUCCUUUCAGAUUCUCUCUGUUAAACAGAAAGGUCUCCCCAGAGCAAGGAGGCCUCAUUUUGGCUGUGUAGUAGUUCCCCCACCCUCCUGAGAACUGCUUUGAACACACUAGGAGAUACCCUGAAGAGUGCAGCUCUAAGGCUCCAUCCCCUUCCUGUCUACUCUGGCUCAGGAGCAGACCUCCCACAGCUUACAGGACAAUCCAAGCCCCUGCCUUAAGCCCAAACAGUCUUGGGGGGUUGCACUUGGGGGAUAACGUUUGGGUGUUAUCUAGAGAUCGGUUCUCUAGGGUGGGGCUUCUUAAGCAAGGUAAACUGAGCUCACCCAUUACUUAGUGGAUUUUUUUUACUCCUAAUUUCUUUCUUUUUUGGGUUAGGAACACUUUAAAAUUCUCCCUAAAUGUAACUUUAUUUCCUCUUUGUUUUCCGGUAAGUCAAUCAUAUUUGUUAACAACAGUAGCUGCUAUUUAUUAAUAGUGUACUAAUUGGGCAGUUUUCAUACAUUAUCUUUAAUCCAUACAACUCAAUUCCAGUUUUACAGAUGAGGAGACGGAAGCUCGGAGAUACCAGUCAUCGGCUUGAUAGCAGUGUGCUUGUAUUAUUUUUGGCACUGCCUCAAGAGGAUGAGAAUUUUCUCUGUAGGUGAAAUGAUGUUUGCAUUUACCUUUUGCUUUCUGACUUCCAAAACAGGCUCUAGAAAUCCCUUUCAAGACCGUAGGUGAGAAAACUGAACAUUUUAAUUUGCAUGAGCCCAUUGUGAAAGGAAAGCUGAUGUUUGUUUGUUUAUGUGUUUGGCAUAUGGGAAAUCAAAGCCCUUUAUGUGAAUGGGGCUCAGAGUUUAUCUGCAUAUAUAAAUUUAGAAAAUGAUGUCAGAGGGUAGGAGAGAAUAUCUGGACUCUGCCCAGGGAGUGGCAACUGCCCUCUCUGAGGUUGUUCAGAGGAAGCUUGAAGAGAGAGGUCCGUGGAGAGGUGGGGGCUGCAUUGGAAGGUGGUGCUCUUGAGGACUAGAGGAUACUAGCCAUUGCUUGUGCCAGGGGAAUGAUGGAGUGCAGCUCACUUAUACUGCCCUGUUUGGCAAACCCUCUUUCCCUGACCUCAACAUAUCCAUCUUCCCACUCUGUCCAUAAAAGCAUCCAUAGGGUGGAUCCUGGGUAUCCAGAUCUGCUGAUGAUGGGAAGGAGAACCACCUCCUGCAUUGGUACUUUGGUAGCAGGAUGCAAGAGACCCUGUUCUAUGCUCCCUCUUCCCCUGAAAGCAAUGUCCCAUGGCUGGCGUCCCCAGACCCUGGACUGGUCCUUACUAGCCAGUUGACUGGACCUCAGAAGGAUUUUGAGCAGUUACGUGAAGUCAUCCAGUGGCAACCAUGGAAAUAAACUCUUGCAGCAGAAUGGCGAUGGCUUGGAAGCAGAUGAUGCCUGCGUGAGAGAUGUGGACGGUAUUCAGAAUUCGAGCGCAGGAGCCUCCGCUUCUCCACCUGCUGCCGGGGAGCUAUUGGGAUCUAGAGAAUCACUCGCUGAUGGUUUCUGCCCAGGCUUGAAACAGAACCAGAGAGCUACGGGAAGGGAAGGGCUUGGCUUGCCAGAGGAAUUUUCCAAGUGCUCAAACGCCAGGCUUACAGCGCCUGUGAUCCGUCCAGGAGGACAAAGUGGGAUUUGAAGAUCCCCUCCACCUCUGCUCAUGGCGGGCCAGGGCCUGCUCCUGCACGUGGCCACACUGCUGACGGGGCUGCUGGAAUGCCUGGGCUUUGCUGGUGUCCUCUUUGGCUGGCCUUCACUAGUGUUCGUCUUCAAGAAUGAGGAUUACUUUAAGGACCUGUGUGGACAAGAUGCUGGGCCGAUUGGCAAUGCCACAGGGCAGGCCGACUGCAAAGCCCAGGAUGAGAGGUUCUCACUCAUCUUCACCCUGGGGUCCUUCAUGAACAACUUCAUGACAUUCCCCAGUGGCUACAUCUUCGACCGGUUCAAGACCACCGUGGCACGCCUCAUAGCCAUAUUUUUCUACACCACUGCCACACUCAUCAUAGCCUUCACCUCUGCAGGCUCAGCUGUGCUGCUCUUCCUGGCCAUGCCAAUGCUCACCAUUGGGGGAAUCCUGUUUCUCAUCACCAACCUGCAGAUCGGGAACCUAUUUGGCCAACACCGUUCGACCAUCAUCACUCUCUACAAUGGAGCAUUUGACUCUUCCUCAGCAGUCUUCCUUAUUAUUAAGCUUCUUUAUGAAAAGGGCAUCAGCCUCAGGGCCUCCUUCAUCUUCCUCUCUGUCUGCAGUACCUGGCAUGUAGCACGCACUUUCCUCCUGAUGCCCCGGGGGCACAUCCCAUAUCCACUGCCCCCCAACUACAGCUACGGCCUGUGCUCUGGGAAUGGUACCACGAAGGAAGAGAAGGAAACAGCUGAGCAUGAAAACAGGGAGCUACAGUCAAAGGAGGUCCUUUCAGCAAAGGAAGAGACCCCAGGGAAAGGGCAGAAGCAGGAACCCCGCUCCUUCUGGAGCUACGCUUUGUCUCGGCGCUUUGCCUGGCACCUGGUGUGGCUGUCUGUGAUACAGUUGUGGCACUACCUCUUCAUUGGCACUCUCAACUCCUUGCUGACCAACAUGGCCGGUGGGGACAUGGCACGAGUCAGCACCUACACAAAUGCCUUUGCCUUCACUCAGUUCGGAGUGCUGUGUGCCCCCUGGAAUGGCCUGCUCAUGGACCGGCUUAAACAGAAGUACCAGAAGGAAGCAAGAAAGACAGGUUCCUCCACCUUGGCGGUGGCUCUCUGCUCGACGGUGCCUUCGCUGGCCCUGACAUCCCUGCUGUGCCUGGGCUUCGCCCUCUGUGCCUCAGUCCCCGUCCUCCCUCUCCAGUAUCUCACCUUCGUUCUGCAAGUGAUCAGCCGCUCCUUCCUCUAUGGGAGCAACGCGGCCUUCCUCACUAUUGCUUUCCCUUCGGAGCACUUUGGCAAGCUCUUUGGGCUGGUGAUGGCCUUGUCGGCUGUGGUGUCUCUGCUCCAGUUCCCCAUCUUCACCCUCAUCAAAGGCCCCCUUCAGAAUGACCCAUUUUACGUAAAUGUGAUGUUCAUGCUUGCCAUUCUUCUGACAUUCGUCCACCCCUUUCUGGUACACCGGGAAUGCCACACUUGGAAAGAAACUCCCUCUGCAAUUGCAUAGUUCAGAAGCCCUCACUUUUCAGCCCUGAGGAUGGUUUUGUUCAUCUUUCUCCACCUUUGAGGACCUCGUGUCCCAAAAGACUGCCUAGCCCAGCAAACACACACACACACACACACACACACACACACACACACACACACACACGCAAAGACAUAUUUAACUGUUAACAAGGAUGUUUGAGCAGCAAGAAAAGAAUCUCGGUUGCCAAGCAGAUUGGUAUCGCACAGACUCAAAGCAGACAUGUGGAACUUCUUUAUUUCAAAACAGGAGUGUCUCCUUGCACUUAGCCUUGGCAGACCCUUGACUCCAGGGGAGAUGACAUGGGGGAGGAAGUGUGUCACCUACUUCUUUAUGCCUGUUUGGCUCUGAAGCCUAUGUGUGCCUGGAUCCUCCGCCACGGGUUAAAUGUUCAGGUGAAGAGUGAGGUUGUCACGGCCUCAGCUAUACUUCCCAGCUCUCCCUCAAGAGUGCAGCCUUGGCUAGAGAACUCACAGCUCUGGGAAAAAGAGGAGCAGACAGGGUUCCCUGGGCCCAGUCUCAGCCCAGCCACUGAUGCUGGAUGACCUUGGCCUGACCCUGGUCUGGUCUCAGAAUCACUUUUCCCAUCUGUAAAAUUGAGAUGAGUUUUGGUGUUGAAGGUUCUUCCUGGAGCAGAUGUCCUAGAAGGUUUUAGGGACAGUGACAGAGUCAGGCCACUGCAAGGGCCAUGGGAGCCAGCUGACCUGCUUGACCGAAGGAUUUCUGACAAACUAUCUUUGGGAAUGUUUUCCUCUUCAAGAAGGGAUAUAAGUUAUUUACUUUGGGCAUUUAAAAGAAAAUUUCUCUGGGGAAUAAUUUUAUAGAAAAAUAAAGCUUCUGUGUCUAAGGCAA